GGCACGCUGGCUGGAAAUAUAAUUCACAAGUAUGGAAGUGAAACUGAUGUGCAUGGGGCACAAACCAGUGGGAAGUAAUUAGACAGUGUUGAGAAGGAAUAUGAUAUAUUUUCUGCUGAGGUAAAGGCAGAAAUGCAUACAAAAAACAAAAGAUAAAAGAAAUAUCAUCAGUAGCAGCUUUUCUGAUUCACUGACAGUCCCAGGGGAAACAAUAUCUGCUUUGUUCGGAUCUUCAGAAUGAUGAAACGGAGUGUUUUCAUUUUGCUGCUCCUCCUGAGGACGACUUUGGCUUCUACUUAUCAAAAUCUGGCUACACGUGGUAAAGCAACUCAGUCAACCUGUUACCCGCAUGCUAGGGCAUCUGCCCUCAAUGCAAUUGAUGGAAACCGCAAUUCUGACUUUAUGGCGGGGUCGUGCACACACACUAAUGAACAGACCAAUCCCUGGUGGAAAGUGGACCUGCUUCAGUCCUACGUCAUCACUUCCAUCACCGUCACUAACAGAGGAGACUGCUGUCAUGAAAGGCUCAACGGGCUGGAGAUCCACAUUGGCAACUCUUUGGUCAAUGACGGUUUAGAUAACCCAGUGGUUGGUAGAAUUUCUCGAAUUCGUUUGGGCAAAUCCUUCGAUCUGACUUUUACCAAUCGUGUGGAGGGACGGUAUGUAACUUUGACUGUGACCGGUUCACGAAGGAUCCUCACACUCUGCGAAGUGGAAGUCUAUGGAUACCCUACUCCAACUGAGGAGAAUCUUGCACUCCAAGGAAAAGCCACACAAUCCUCACUGUAUGCAUUUGGCAACGCAUUUAAUGCCAUAGAUGGAAAUCGUAACAGCAAAUGGGAAGAUGCCUCCUGCACUCUCACACAGAAAUCAAUGAGCCCCUGGUGGCGACUUGAUCUGCUCAAAACACGUAAAGUGUUUUCUAUUAAUAUAGUAAAUCAAGAUUCUCUUCCAGAACGACUCAAUGGAGCCGAGAUCCGCAUUGGCGAUUCCCUUCGCAACAACGGGAACAACAACUCCAGGUGUGCUGUGAUCACAAGCAUCGCUGGAGAUGUUGUUGCUAAGUUCACAUGCAAUGGAACCGAAGGCCGCUAUGUUAAUAUUGUCAUUCCCGACAGAGAAGAGUUCCUGAGUCUGUGUGAGGUCGAAGUGUACGGCUCUAGCUUUAGUCUUGAGCAUGACCCCUUUUUUUAUGCUGAAAUUUCAAUGCGGAUCAUCAAGAAUGAGAUUACCACACUGGGCUCAGCUUUUGUUUCAGGAAAAAGGCAACUGCUUUGUCCCGAUCCUCAGAUAUCAUCUUUCUUAACCAGAAUAAUGAAAACAAGUGUUUUCCUUCUGCUGCUCCUCUUAAGAACGAGUUCGACUUCCACUUAUCAAAAUGUGGCCUUGCGUGGUACAGCAGCCCAGUCGAUCUCUGAGGACCACGUCCUCUCAGCUGCCCACAAUGCAAUUGAUGGAAACCGUAACUCUGACUUCAGGGCGGGAUCGUGCACGCUCACUAGUGCACAGAACCGUCCCUGGUGGAGAGUGGACCUGCUUCAGUCCUACAUCAUCACUUCUGUCACCAUCACCAACAGAGGAGACUGCUGUCAUGAAAGGCUCAAUGGGCUAAAGAUCCACAUAGGCAACUCUUUGAACAACGAAGGUUUAGGAAACCCAAAGGUUGGUGAAAUUUCUGAAGUUGGUGCUGGCAUAUCCUUCAGUGUGACUUUCACUGAUCGAGCAGAGGGGCGCUAUGUUAUAUUGACUCUGCCUGGUUCAAGAAAGAUUCUCACACUCUGUGAAGUGGAAGUCUAUGGAUACCGUUCUCCAACUGGAGACAAUCUUGCACUUGAAGGAAAAGCCACACAGUCAUCGUUGUAUGGAUUUGGAUUUGCAUACAAUGCCAUCGAUGGAAAUCGUAACAGCAAGUGGGAAGAGGGCUCCUGCACUCACACAAACAACAACAUCAGCCCCUGGUGGCGUCUUAAUUUGCGCAAAACCCAUAAAGUGUUUUCUGUUAAAAUUAUCAACAUUGACUCCAACCCCGAACGGCUCAACGGAGCUGAGAUUCGCAUUGGAGAUUCCCUUGACAACAAUGGCAACAACAACCCCAGGUGUGCAGUGAUCACAAACAUCGCGGGAGGUGCUGUUGCUAAUUUCACAUGCAAUGGAAUGGACGGCCGCUAUGUGAACAUUGUCAUCCCGGCCCGAGAAGAGUUCCUUAGUCUGUGUGAAGUUGAAGUGUAUGGAUCUAAACUUGAUUAGGUUCAUAACAUUCAACUUUUACACAUGAUCAUAUGAACCAAAACUCAUCUGUCACUUACUAAUCACUUAAUCUUUAAUAUGAUCAUAUCUAUCUAUAACUGAAUUCCCACACAGCUCAUUUUAAGUUUUUCUGUGACUGCAUGAUGAGACUUUAGGAUAGAGGACGGAAAAUACUUUGUAAGAUAAAUACAGACAAUAUAAAAGCAAAAUCAGAUAAACAUGUAUACAACCUGCACAUUGUGAUAGAUGUCUGGAAAUGUUUUCAUUCCAGCUCCUAAUUUUUUUUCCUACCAUAAGCAACUGAUGGAUUGUCAUUGUACCUGCUGAAGAAAGAAAAAGUUGUAUGUAAUGAUUAUUGAAAUACAAUAAAACCA